CCGGUGGCAGGCAGUCGGCCACCAAUGUCUGCUGCACCCGGUGUGUGAUGGAGUUUCGUUGACUGUCAGCCUCUGACGCUUCGUGACUCUUGUGUUCGCUGCGUGUGUCCGUUCACAUCGUGAGAUCCGUCGGGAGCAGAGACCGGAGCGACAUGGCGGAGAACAUGAUCAUCAGGGUCCAGUCCCCCAGCGGGAUGAAGAAGAUCCCUGCGACCAAGACGGAGACCGCUGAUGCGUUUUUUGAAAAGGUGGCCACAGAGUUUGGGUUCAUCUCCAAUGGGUUUUCUAUUUACCUGAACCGCAACAAGACCGACGAGCUUCUGUCCCAGAAGGUCUCCCUCGGCAGGCUGAAGAUCAAGCAUGGCGACAUGUUGUAUCUGUACCCUUCAGGCUCCUCCACCUCCUCCGGGGAGGUGAUGGACACGGCCACCCCGCACACAUCUUCAUCGCUACCGUCCAUCUUGUCAUCUUCCUCAUCGUCCAACAUGAUCCCUCGGUCCUUCUCAUCAACCAUGGUCCAGGAGGAUGAAAUCGAUCAGUAUCUAACCAAGCAAGACGGCAAGAUCUACAGGAACAAAGAUCCCCAGUUAUGUCGUCAUGGUGCCCUUGGAAAGUGUGUGCACUGUGUACCGUUAGAGCCUUUUGACGAAGACUACCUGAAUCACCUCGACCCACCAGUGAAGCACAUGUCAUUCCACGCAUACCUUCGCAAGCUGACCGGAGGAUCUGAUAAAGGGAAGUUUGCGGCUCUGGAGAACAUCAGCUGUAAGAUCAAGUCGGGCUGUGAGGGCCACCUCCCCUGGCCAGAGGGUAUCUGCACUAAGUGUCAGCCCAGUGCGCUCACACUCAACAGACAAAAAUACCGACACGUGGACAACAUCAUGUUUGAGAACCACACCAUCGCCAACCGCUUCCUGGACUUCUGGAGGAAGACGGGCAGCCAGAGGAUGGGAUACUUGUACGGAAAGUACACUGAGCACAAAGACAUCCCGCUGGGCAUCAGAGCUGAGGUGGCGGCCAUCUACGAACCUCCACAGAAUGCCACUCAGAACAACCUGGAAAUGUUGGAGGAUCCCAAAGCUGCAGCUGUGGAUGAAAUUGCUGCCAAACUAGGCCUGUGCAAGGUGGGCUGGAUCUUCACAGACCUGCUCUCUGAGGAUACGAGGAUAGGAACUGUCCGCUACACACGGAACAAGGACUCGCACUUCCUGAGUGCGGAGGAGUGCAUCACAGCAGGGUACUUCCAGAAUCUACACUCAAACCCCUGCAAGCUCUCGCGAGACGGACAUUUCGGAUCCAAAUUUGUGACGGCGCUGGCGACAGGAAGUCCAGACAACCAGGUGCACUUUGAAGGAUACCAGGUGUCCAACCAGUGCAUGGCCCUGGUGAGAGACGAGUGUCUGCUGCCCUGCAAAGACGCCCCCGAGCUGGGCUACGCUAAAGAGUCCAGCUCGGAGCAGUACGUCCCCGACGUCUUCUUCAAGGACACAGACAAGUUUGGAAAUGACGUCACGUUUCUGGCUCGGCCUCUUCCUGUGGAGUAUCUCAUUAUAGAUAUCACCACCACGUUUCCAAAGGAUCCUCAGUUCACCUUCUGCGCCAAACAACCCUUCCCCAUCGAGAACCGUGAUAUACUCAGAGAGACUCAAGACUUCCACAGUUUAGCCACGUACCUGUCCCAAAGCACCUCCACGUCUUUCUUGGACAUCGUGUCCGACUUCCAUCUGCUCCUCUUCCUCGUCACCAAUGAAGUCAUGCCUCUGAGAGACAGCAUCGGGUUGCUACUCGAGGCAGUGAAGACUUCUAACGAGGAUCUGGCACAGACCUGGAAGAAGUCUGAGCAGUGGGCCACCAUCGAGCAGCUGUGCAGUACGGUGGGGGGGCAGCCCUCCAGCUCUGUGGGGUUCGGGGCCAUGGGGGGCCCCUCAGCCCCGGCCUCCUCCUCAGCCAUGUGGUCCUGCCUCCACUGCACCUUCAUGAACCAGCCCGGCACAGAGCACUGUGAGAUGUGCAGCCUGCCCCACAGUUAAACACCCGCCACCCUU